AUGCUAAGCAGUUUUGCGGAGGCUGUAGUAGUUGUAUUAUUGGUGAUACCCUACAUAUCAUCGGGAUUUCACAGUGAGUGCGAUCAUCGACGACUUCAAGAGACCAUUUCUGACACAAACCAGACCUAUUACGUAUAUGUUUUAACUCAGGAUUGUCAGCUGGUCUUUGCUCGAGCUGAUCAACUUAACGAACUUCAACGGUAUCUAGAAGUUCACCGAGACUUGAAUUAUUGUCUCCCGUCGAACGUCCAGCUUCAUAUUCGAGAUGUUUACAACAAUGGGAAGGUUGGAUUUCAGUUGAUUUUUAAACGCGGUCAACAUCAAAUUUGCCUGUUGCCGGUUGAUUUUCCGGCCGAAAAUGCAAUGGCAGGAUAUUCAGUCUUUAGGUAAGUUCAACCACACAUUUAUUGUUGCUUGCCGCAAUGCUUACGUUGUAUUUCGUCCUUCCCGCUGCUUCACUAUGUUUUAUUUGAAAGUAACAGCAAUUCCAGCUAUUCCUUGUUGAACUCGAUGACUUUUGCCACUUGUUCGUAUAUGAAUAACUCAAGUUUUGUCCUGGAACCAGGUGGGAUAUUUAUUUACAUCAAAAUUUGAAUUAUCGUAACUUACCAUACUUUUAUUGUAGAUCUCUCUUUCAUGGACUCCACUUUCUCCGAUGUCAUGUAUUUCGUUGAUCCACAAUCUGCUGGCGCUUUCUGGAGUGUGCGGCAGUUUAGGAUCACUUAUCAGGGAUACUUACAGGCAAUGGAACCUUUUGUAAUCAAGAAUUUUGCUGAAGGCAAGUAAUCCAUCAUACGCAUGUCAUUAUGGCGGAGUUUAUAUGUAAAUUAACAAUUGAUCUUUUAGAAAGCGGGUUCUCGAGUCGGAUGGCGGGUGAAUUUCUAAUGGACUUGGAUUCAGAAAGAAGUAAAUUAUAUGCAGUUCACAAGAGAGACAAAGACUUGUCAAGCACAUGCUCUUAUGAUCUGCUAUUCAGGUAAGUGAAAAUCACGGAUUUGGUUUUAAAAUACGACAUCUGUUCAUAUUUUUCCAGACCCCACAGAGCUAAAGUUCAUCGGCGCCAUUUGAUUCGGCAUCAUCAACAUGCCCAUCUUCAACGGAUAAACUCUUUUUCUUCGGAUGUAAAUAUCAGUUUGUACACAGAGUUUGAACCGAGAGUAAGUGCACAUUAUGCAAUUGAUAUCAUUGUUUAUUUCCUUUAGGGAGACAACAAAAACCGGAGCAGAGUUUUCCUCAUUGAUCGGAGGAAAAAGAUGACAGCCACUUGUCUUUUACAUCUACCGUAUCAGGCGUCAAUUGGAAUCAUCUCAAAGGAUGUUUUGAAUUAUCUAAAUAAUGUCAAAUUGCCGAAGUUUUGUAAGUUUGUCUUGGUUAGGCAUCAUUUAUGACAUAUAAAUACCAUUCUUGUUAUCUAAACACCAAUUUUCAGCCGAACGAGCCCGCCAUCGCAACAAAUCCACCAAGCUGAAACCCUUGCCAAAAACCGAAACCAAGCCAUCUGACCGCUUCCAAGUCCCCACAACCUUGCCUGUUCAUCAUCGUCUAACAUCGACAACUCGACGACCUGUGACUAUUACAACCAAAGGCCCACCAAUCAGCAUUUACCCACAUAAAUUCAAUGUCGAUAAGCCUAAGACAUUUGUGCCGACCUCAACGGAAUCCUCUGGAACUGAUAGUAAAGAAUUGGGUGGCGCUGAAGAGGAUUCUGGAGCUUCAAAAGUUGAAAAAGAAGAGUCAGAAGGUUCGGGAGAACAUGUCUUGGAAAAACAGCCUCAACAAACCGGUGACAAAGACUCAGGGUGUAAUCUGCAGAUAAAUCUAGUAGUUCUAAUUACCGCCUUUCUUCUACACACGCUUUCUUGA